GCGGGGGCUCCGCGCGCUGCUUAGUCACCCCCCCCCGCCCCCCCCCUCGGCCCCCCCCCCUUUUCCCCCCCCCGCCGCCUCCCGACGACGACCGGGGCCGCGUCCAUGGCCGGGUUCUCAUCGCCCGCCGCCCCCCCUUAGCCGCCCCCCCGCGCCGCGCCGCGGUGGGGGGGAUGCCGGGGCCAUGUCCUCCCCGCCGCCCCCCGAGUGCCAGGCGGAGGUGACCCCCUCGCCGGGGGGGUCGGGUUCCUUCCGCUACAGCCUGGAAGAACACCCCAAGGCCGCUUUGGCCAUCAUGAACCAGCUGCGGCUGUCGGGACAGCUCUGCGACGUCACGCUGCGGGUCCGGUACCGUCGCGACGUCCCGCCGGCGGAUCUCCCGGCGCACAAGGUCGUCCUGGCGUCGUCCAGCCCGGUGUUCAGGGCCAUGUUCACCGCGGGGCUGCGCGAGGGGGGGAUGGAGGUGGUCCCCAUCGAGGGGGUGCACCCGCGCGUGAUGGAGCGGCUGGUGGAGUUCGCCUACACGGCGUCCAUCUCGGUGGGCGAGAAGUGCGUCCUGCACGUCAUGAACGGCGCCGUCAUGUACCAGAUCGACAGCGUCGUCCGCGCCUGCUGCCAUUUCCUCGUCCAGCAGCUGCACCCCAGCAACGCCAUCGGCAUCGCCAACUUCGCCGAGCAGAUCGGCUGCCUCGAGCUGCACCAGAAGGCCCGCGAGUACAUCUACAUGCACUUCGCGGAGGUAUCGAAGCAGGAGGAAUUCUUCAACCUCUCGCACUGCCAGCUGGUGACCCUGAUCAGCCGGGACGAGCUGAACGUCCGCUGCGAGUCGGAGGUUUUCCACGCCUGCAUCAACUGGGUGAAACACGACUGUCCCAACCGCCGCCUCUACGUCCAGGCUCUGCUCCGCGCCGUCCGCUGCCAUUCCCUCACCCCCCACUUCCUCCAGAUGCAGCUCCAGAAGUGCGAAAUCCUCCGCUCCGACUCCCGGUCCAAGGAUUACCUGGCGCAAAUCUUUCAGGAUUUGACCCUCCAUAAACCCACCCAGGUCUUACCCUGCCGUACCCCCAAAGUGGGGCAGCUCAUUUACACGGCCGGCGGAUAUUAUCGUCAGUCCUUGAGUUUUUUGGAAGCUUACAACCCCCGGGACGGGUCGUGGAUCCGUUUAGCCGAUCUUCAGGUUCCUCGGAGCGGUCUGGGGGGUUGCGUGGUGGGGGGGGCUUUUUUAACUUAGCCGUGGGGGAUCGGAAUGAAAUAUUCCCCCGACGGAAACCGGAACUCGGCGCGCCAUCGUUGUUAUAACCCCAUGACCGACCAGUGGUCCCCCUGCGCCCCCAUGAGCGUCCCCCGCAAUCGCAUCGGGGUGGGGGUCAUCGACGGCAUGAUUUACGCCGUGGGGGGGUCGCACGGAUGCAUCCAUCAUAGCAGCGUGGAGAGGUACGAGCCGGAGAGGGACGAGUGGCAGCUGGUGGCCCCCAUGCUGACGCGCCGGAUCGGGGUGGGGGUGGCGGUUCUCAACCGUCUCCUUUACGCCGUGGGGGGGUUCGACGGCAGCGCCCGCCUCAGCUCCGCCGAGUGCUACCCCCCCGGGGACGCCUGGAGAGCCAUCGCCCCCAUGGCCACCAUCCGCAGCGGCGCCGGGGUCUGCGCCCUCAAUAAUUGCAUUUACGCCAUGGGGGGCUACGACGGGACGGACCAGCUCAACAGCACCGAGCGUUACGAGGUGGAGACGGACACCUGGACCUUCGUGGCGCCCAUGCGGUACCGGCGCAGCGCCCUCGGCGUCACCGUCUACCAGGGCAAGAUCUACGUCUUGGGGGGCUACGACGGCCACACGUUCUUGGAUUCGGUGGAAUGUUACGACCCGGUCGCCGACGCCUGGACGGAGGUGACGCGGAUGACGUCGGGACGCAGCGGGGUGGGGGUGGCCAUCACCAUGGAACCGUGCCGAAAACAAACCGACCGAACCGAUUGUCCGUGCUAACCCCGGCGCCGCCGUGGUGGAGGGGUGGGGGGGGUCGGGGUGGGGGGGGAAAAACCGGCCGCGGCGCAGCCGCGGCGCAGCCGAGGGGGCUGCGGGUUUUUUUACCCACCCUCCUCCCUUCUCCUUUUCCCCACGGCGGCGGGUAAACGCGUGGCGAGGGGGGGGGGGGGCCGGGAUGUUGGCCUGCCGCCCCUGCGCCUCACUUGGCCACAAGGACAGCUCACGGGGGGGCCGUGGCACCCCCAAAUUCCCCCCUCUCCCGGUUUUGGGGAGGAGGGGGGGGGGCAGCCGGAUUCGCACCCACCUUCCAGCCCGGCAGCCGAUUGACUGGUUUUAAUGAUUUCCAAAUCCCGUUGUUACAUGAAUAAAAGAGACUUUUGUGAUUAA